AUGGCGAUCCCUCUUCUCAGAUCCUCUUACUCAGGUCCUUUUCGCCGCCUGUUGUCUCGAAAGCAAGUCUCUCGACAAUGUCGCUCAAACCAUACCCUCUCUCCGGCUUUGGACCUUGAUCAAGCAUUGGUAGGGCAAGAUCCAUACAAACGAGUACGAUUCGACUAUCCUCUGACUUUCAUGAGCAUUCCGUUUGCUUCGGGUAGAUUAGUACUUGCACGCAGAAUCUGGAAUGAGAACAGACUCAACGUAUUGGCAAUCGAACCUUCCCUAAUACCCUUCUGGCAAGUCCAUAUGCUAUGCGAUCAGAAAAUGGCUGUUCAGGUACAUCAGCUCAACGGUCUGGUCGAGCCAUUCGCAGAAUCGAGAUACAACAGUGAUAUUGGAUUAGCAAUAGCAGCUGUGCCUAGAGAUCAUUGGGCUAGUGGCGUAUUCACACCGUGGAAUAUACGUAAUAGUAAUGAUAAACUCAACCGAAUAUAUGAGCAUGCGAAUCAUCUCCUUCCAGAUGAAUCACCUUCUAUCUAUACGACUGCGGGCAUGAAAAGUGAUCCAAUGAUCCAAAAACAAUGGGAUCCGUUGACCGCUCCAAGAUUCGCUUUUGGGCCUCCAGAUCUACAGGGCAAAGAAGAGAAAAUUAUAGGUCUACAAGCUUCUGCGGGUGAAAUCUAUUCUGAAGCUAUAGUACCGUAUGGUAUCAAAACAUUCGCUAUACCUGUCUACCGAUUGAUGUACAAAGUCAAAUUGAGUCGGGGCGUUGGAAUCAUGGACGCGCAAAUGCCAAUAGUUGACGUUAAUACAUUCAAAGUGGACUGGCAAACGGGCGGUGUUCGUCCUUAUGAUGAGGUACUGGCACACACUAUGGGUCAUUUCCAGCGACGGAUGAUGGGUGAUGGAUCACAACAUCAUGAAAAUAUAAUUAACGCCGCUUUUGAUCCUCCUACAAAGAUUGCCGAUUUGGUGAAGACUGUUUUUGAUGCAAUGUGGAGCAGAGGUCCGAUGACGGCUGCGAUGUGGGAGAAUGAGAGGAUAUUGCCCGAAUUUGGACCCAUCAAGGACGGUAAUUCUCAGUCUUUAUAUGAUUAUACUUUGGCUUGUCUUCUGGACAAAAAGCGUGAACUAACAGAACCCCAAUUUCCAAUCAAACGAAGUUCGACUACAACUAGCUCCAACCUGUUUGCAGCACGUCCGCCUGACAGAUCACGAGCCAAAACCAGGUCUACUACCGCGGGUACAUCGGCAUCGACACCUUCUUCAACUUCUACAGUAACGGAAGAUCGAACUUCCCGAUACGGUAGCUCGAUGCGAACCAAACUGGACGAUCAUUAUAUCUCUCAAGCUCGUAUACGAGCUGACAGGAUUCGUCAGAAUAUGAGAGCACCUGCUCCUUCUCUCUCGACGAUGAUGUCACAUUAUCCUACUAUACUUCCAGAUCCUUUGAAAUACUACAAACUCUUGGAGAUUGAAAACCCUCCUCGAGACUACCUCAAUCCGGAAAAAAGAGUUUUUAUUGAUGCAAAGAUUGCAGAGCAAUUCAGGCAACUCAGUUUCAAAAAUCACCCUGAUUACGGCGGCAGCGCCGAGAAGAUGGUGAAUUUGAUAGAUGCGAAUGCAAAUAUCGAAACUUUGGAAAAGAGGUUGAAUUACUAUAAGGAAGGAAGGCGUCGGAAGAUUGGAUAG